AUGUUCUUUUUUACAAUAUUUGCAAGAUCUAUCAAUAUUGAAAAAGAAUUGGUUGGUGAAUGGGAUGUUCUCACUCCAGGACAGCAAGAACCAGGUCCACUUUAUACUGCUUCCGUUGUUCCUUUGGCAAAUGAAGAAAAUCAUUAUACAGCAACGAUUUGGAAAAACGAUUACUAUAAAGAUGCGAAAUUAUUAACUGAUAGUCAAUACUAUUCUGUAAUUUUUAAUAAUCAAACAGGAAAAGGAAACUUUAUCGAUAAUUUAGAAGGUUCUUUUACAAUGGAAUUCCUCGCAAAAGAAAUCAUCGUUAAAUCAGAUGCAUUUAAUGCAAAAUUUACUAUCGAAAAUGACAUUCUCGUUCAAUAUCAAGGAACUGAUGGUGAACAAAUAAAAUUAAUUGCUAAACGCCACCGUAAAGUUAGUACUUUCAAUUUCUUCCUCGAGCCAUGGCAUAUAUUCGUAGUAAUUGGAAUAUUAAUCUUAUUCCAGUGUUUCAUGAUUUACAACUCUAUUCUCAGCUACAAAGCUGAAUCUAAGAAGGCCCAAAAAGCUCCUGUUCAAAAAUUUGAAGAGCGCGAAGAGUUGAAGAAAUUAAAUAAUGAAGAAGAACCAAAAACAGACAAAUUAAAGGCCGAGUGA